AUGGCAACAUCACCCGUCACCAUCAACAAGCAAUCUAAUGGACAGUGGUUGCUUGACACCGGUGCUAAUGCACAUGUCACUCCAGAUCUUCAAAAUUUGGUCAAUCCAAAAGAGUAUCAUGGUAAUGAAAAUGUUGGUGGUGUAGGAAAUAGCCCUUGCCAUAUGUCGAGGUUGAUCAAGAAAUUGGGUACUUUAUUCUCAAUGAAGGACUUAGGUCCUCUACAUUAUUUUUUGGGGGUCGAAGUUCAUUAUUGUGGUCAACAAAUGCAUCUCAAUCAAGCCAAGUAUGCCUUGGAUCUGCUAACACGAACAAAUUUUUUGGAUGUAAAACCAGUUUCUACUCCAGUUCCUAGUGGUCACAAACUUAGUGCCUAUGAUGGUGAGCCACACAACAAUCCAGAGAUGUACAUGAGUGUUGUGGGUGCCCUACAAUACUUGACUAUCACGAGACCAGACCUUUCCUAUGCUGUAAACCAAGUAUGUCAGUUCAUGCAGUCUCCCAAAACUUCACAUUGGCAGGCAGUAAAGCGGAUUCUUCGGUAUGUAAAGGCCACAUACAAUCAUGGCCUUGUCUAUAAACCUGGUUCUACUAAUCUCACGGCUUAUUCUGAUGCUGAUUAUGCUGGAAAUCCAGAUACUCGACAUUCAACGGGUGGUUUCUGUAUUUAUUUUGGGUCCAAUCUCGUGUCCUGGAGUUCGAAGAAACAAAAGACUGUUAGUCGGUCCAGUUCUGAAGCUGAAUAUAGGCAGCUUGCUUACACUGCUGCAGAAAUUUCAUGGCUCAGGGCUUUAUUUCGAGACUUGUACUUGCAUCUUGACAUACCCACAAUUUGGUGUGAUAAUAUUUCCUCAAUUGCUCUUACAUCUAAUCCCGUUUUUCACUCCCGGACAAAGCACUUGGAGGUUGAUUAUCAUUAUGUUCGAGAGAAGGUGGUUGCUGAUCUGUUCACAAAAGGAUUGUCCUCAACAAGAUUCAAGCUUCUUGUUUCCAAGCUUUUCGUUGUUCCUCCACCUGUUAGCUUGCGGGGGGAUGAUAGACCACGUCAGUCUGUGACUCUCACUUCCGAGACUUCAGGAAGUUGUGAUCAAUCUAAACUCUUAUCCAUGAAGAGUUAG